ACGUUUAUGUGGCGUCACAUCCGGCUUUAAAAUCAACAAUGGCGGCUUCCACGAGAGGAGACGUGAGUGAAACGCAGGCUGAGAAAAAGAGGGAAAAUAACAACAAGCAAGAUGACAGUGAUUUGCUGACGGUGCCAGAGGGGUGGGUGGAGCCUAAAUUUAUGAGGGAGGAUAACCCACGUGGCCUGCUGGAGGAGAGCAGCUUCGCUACCCUGUUCCCCAAAUACAGAGAGAGCUACCUGAGAGAGUGCUGGCCUCUAGUGCAAAGAGCCCUCAAUGACAUCUUCAUCAACGCCACUUUGGAUCUAAUUGAGGGGAGCAUCACAGUUACCACUACAAAGAAAACCUUCGACCCGUAUGCCAUCCUCCGAGCCCGAGACCUCAUCAAACUGCUGGCCCGAAGUGUGCCCUUCGAACAAGCGGUGCGGAUCCUGCAGGACGACAUGGCGUGUGAUAUUAUAAAGAUCGGGUCAGUAGUGCGGAACAGAGAACGCUUCGUUAAACGCAGACAGAGACUCAUCGGACCCAAAGGAUCCACGCUGAAGGCUCUGGAGUUGCUUACAAACUGUUACGUGAUGGUGCAGGGGAACACCGUGUCCUCUCUCGGACCUUACAAUGGCCUAAAGGAGGUGCGUAAGGUGGUGUUGGACACUAUGAAGAACAUUCACCCUAUCUACAACAUAAAGACGUUGAUGAUAAAGCGCGAGUUAGCGAGUGACCCGGAACUCCGGACUCAGAGCUGGGAGCGCUUCCUCCCCAACUUCAAACACAAACAUGCCAGCAAACGACAACAACCAACCAAGAAGAAGAUCAAGAAGGAGUACACACCCUUCCCUCCACCUCAACCUGAGAGCAAGGUGGACAGAGAACUCGCUAGUGGAGAAUUUUUCUUGCGUGAAAGAGAGAAGAGGAGGAAGAAGAUGACUGAGAUCAAGGUGAAACAGGCUGAGGCUCUGAGCAGAAAACAGGAAGAGAGAAAGAAAGCCUUCAUUCCUCCGAAAGAGAAAAAAAUCAUCAAAAAGACCAACAAAGCUCCUGUAAAAGACAAACUGGACAUCGAGGCCAUUAAAGAGAAAGUGAAGAAAGCCAAGAAUAAGAAACUGGGAGCUCCUCCCGCGAAGACCAGCACAGUGCCUCCUACAGGCCACAGCAAGAACACGAAGAGUACAAGCUAAUGACAUUUCUCCGUGGACCCUGUGUGUGUGUGUGUGAGUGUGGGUGUGUGUAUUUUGUUAUAAAGGAUUAGGAAUAAAGAUGAAAAUGAGA